AUGAACAAGCUGAAUCACGCGAACGUCGAAUACGAGUUGGUCAACUCCUUUAUGCGAACCUUCAACAGUGAGCUCAAGUUUCAGCUGAACCUAACCAGCGCCGACGACCAGGAGGACAAGAAAAACUCAAUGCUUCACCAGAUGGCCGACCUGUUCACGGACAAGCUUAUUUGCUACUGCACUACCCCCAUGGCUCUUGUGGUCCCCCAUGGCGACAGCGAGGGUGGCCUUCUGGGUGACGACCUCCUGGAGCAGAUUCGUUUCUUUUUCAAGCAAAUCGAGGAGAAGAGCCAAGAGAACUUCCUAUUCAACAUGUGCCUUGACAAAAUUGCGGAAUGCAUUUUCAAUUUCAAGCCAAACCCCGAGGACGUGGCCAGCUGGAUUUCUAGACAGGCGUUGGCCGACCUGGUGAAGGCCCUACUGGGCGACAACUUAAAAAGAUACGAACAGUGCAUCAUCUGCAUGACGGACUUCAUAAAAGAAAGACACGCGAAAUUGAAUUUCGCUCAAGUUGACAACGUUGUACUCAUGAUCGAGAUCGUUCAAUAUGCCAUUGUUUACCUGUCUGAGCGGAAAUACAACACGAAAUGCUCCUCAUUCGUGCGAGAGGAAUGGUUUGAGCACUUUACAGAUUUGCUGCACACGCUAAAGAACUCCGAGUGGAAAAUAUUUUUCCACCAACUGAUAGUCGCGGAAACGUUUCUUUACGAGAAGAAGGCGGAAAACACGAACAAGGAGUUUAACAGCUAUUACAAGCAGCAGCUGGAGGUGUGGAGGCUGAAAAAUACGUCGUACUCCAAGUGGUUUAAAAUUGAGAUGCCCCUCUCGCUGAGUUUGUUGAAAUGA